GAUUACAGUAUGAUUAGUGUUUUAUAAACAUCUUUCUCUAGUGUUCAACAAAAAAUUUAAUCAAGCAAAACUUUGUCUGUAAUAAAAAUAAAAAUUUAUUUUGAUUUCAGUAAGCUACAAGUAUGACUGGUACAAGUUCCGUGUUUAGGAAAAAGUUCCCUGGGCUUGAUGAAGAAAUAUUCCAGUAUGUUGAAGGUGUACUGGAGAAUUUGGGAGAUUUUUCUGAUGGCCAAGAGUUACAUGAUGCUAUUGGAGGCUUGCUCAUGGAGAGUGUAGGGGCUGACAAAGACACUGAAAUAAGGAAGUUGUGUGAAGACUUGAUGUCCUGUAGCACCAAUGGUGUUACAUCUGACAGUGCAAGCAGCGUAGGCAGCAAAAUGCUUCUCACCUCUCCCAUCCAGCUUGCCCAGAUGGCUGAAGACCAGGAAAGACAGGAAGAGGUCAAGAGUGUUUGGAUUCAGCAACGAGAUGAUUCCAUGAAAGUAGACCAAAAGAAAUUGGAGAAGGCUGAAGCUAAGCUUCGUGAGAAGAGAGAAAAGCGAGGCAAUGAGCAGUCAUACCAGCCACCUGCUAUUGUCAACACCAUGGCCACUGCCACUCAGGAAAUUAGCAGGAAAGAUCGAGCACUCGAUGCCAAAGGUGGUAACAACACCAAGGACAUCAGGAUAGAAAACUUUGAUGUUGCUUUUGGUGACAGGGUACUCAUUCAAAACUCAACCAUCACUCUGGCGUUUGGUCGUCGGUAUGCCCUCAUUGGUCGCAAUGGACUCGGCAAGACAACUCUACUCAGGAUGAUUGCAGCGGGCGUGCUACGAAUUCCAUCUCACAUCUCCGUGCUGCAUGUGGAGCAGGAGGUGACAGCUGACGACACGAGUGCACUAGAGAGCGUCUUGCAGUGUGACACUGUUCGUCAUGCUCUACUGCAGGAAGAGAAGGCUCUGCAGCAGCGCAUUGCUGGAGGGGACAGUGAUCAAGCCCUGAGUGAGCGCCUGGCUGCAGUGUAUGCUGAGCUGCAGGCUAUUGAGGCCGAUAAAGCGCCUGCAAAGGCUUCUGUUAUUCUCUGUGGGCUUGGUUUUACCCGCGAGAUGCAGCAACAAGCGACCAAGAAGUUCUCAGGCGGCUGGCGGAUGAGAAUAGCCCUCGCCCGAGCUCUCUUUACUCAACCCGAUCUACUCCUGCUCGAUGAGCCUACCAACAUGUUGGACCUGAAGGCGAUUAUAUGGCUUGAAGGCUACCUGCUGACCUGGCCCACCACCUUACUGCUCGUGUCCCACGACCGACACUUCCUCGACUCUGUUCCUACGGACGUGCUCCACCUUCACUCCAGAGCUAUCCAGUCGUACAGGGGCAACUACGAGAACUUCCUGAACACUCGCACGGAGCGGCAGAAGAACCAACAACGCGAGUACGACAGCCAGAUGCAGUUCAGGGCGCACGUGCAAGAGUUUAUCGACAAGUUCCGCUACAAUGCCAAGCGCGCCUCCCUUGUUCAGAGUAAAAUUAAGAUGCUUGAAAAAUUGCCUGAGCUCCAGCCUGUGGAGAAGGAGUCCGUCGUGGUAUUCAGUUUCCCCGAUGUGGAUAAAUUGAGUCCUCCUAUCCUACAACUCGAUGAGGUCUCCUUCAGGUACUCGAAGGAUGGACCCCCAAUAUUUCAAGACGUUAAUCUCACGACGACGAUGACUUCUCGUACGUGCAUUGUCGGUGACAAUGGAGCUGGAAAAACAACUUUAUUAAAAAUUCUAUUAGGCGAACUGUCACCAACUAAAGGCCAGCGUUUCUGCAACAGACAACUACGCAUCGGGUACUUCUCCCAGCACCACGUAGACCAGCUUGACCUACGCUUGUCAGCCGUGAGUCUUUUGCAAGAGCGCUUCCCCGGCAAGCCCGUGGAGGAGUACAGACGACAGCUGGGACGUUUUGGCGUCUCGGGCGACUUGGCUCUGCAGCAGCUGGCCAGUCUUUCUGGAGGUCAAAAAAGCCGAGUCGCUUUUGCAGCAAUGGCGGCCGCGUCUCCGAGCUUCCUUAUCUUGGACGAGCCCACCAAUCAUCUCGACAUAGAAACUAUAGAAGCCCUGGGUGAAGCUAUCAAGCUCUAUAAGGGUGGUGUUGUGCUGGUGUCCCAUGACGAGCGACUCAUCAGACAAGUGUGCACGGAGCUAUGGCUAUGCGGGAACGGCACUGUGCGCUCCAUUGAAGGAGGCUUCGAUUCUUAUCGUCAUCUUGUGCAGGCAGAGAUUGCUGCUGUGGCUUAGCUUGAGAAUGUAAAUCAAUGACUUGUACGACCAAUCGAAACUCUUCACGACUUUUUC